UUGGGCACGUUUUGGCUCCAGGGGAUUUCAGCCUCGGGGUUUGGGGGCCCGGUUUGAAGAAUGGUUCGUGAAGCCGGCGUGGCUGACGGCGUCAUCUCGGCCCUUCACUGACCAUGGAUUCUCAUGAUACAUCAGAAUGGACUCCCAGACAACGCGCAUCAUCGAGGCUUAACGAUCACUUUAUAGGCGCCACCCCUCUGCAGAAGCGGUUAGAAUCAGUCAGGAAGCAGACUUCAUUUGUCCCGCCGUCACCUCAGAGGAAAAUUCCCCAGUGUUCACAGUUGCAGGAAGAUGCUGAUCCUCAAAAGGUUGCAUUCCUUCUGCAUAAACAAUGGACUCUAUAUAGUUUAACUCCCCUGUAUAAGUUCUCUUACACUAGUCUCAAAGAGUACUCUAAACUUCUGAGUGCCUUUAUUGCUGCUGAAAAACAAAAAGGACUUGCUGUGGAAGUGGGAGAAGACUUGAACUUCAAGGUGAUUUUCUCCACUCUCCUGGGAAUGAAAGGAACACAAAGAGACCCUGACGCAUUUCUCGUCCAGAUUCUGUCAAAAUCUCAAUUGCCAUCUGAGAACAGAGAAGGUAAAGUGUUGUGGACUGGUUGGUUCUGUUGUAUAUUUGGAGACAGUCUUUUGGAGACUGUUUCAGAAGAUUUCACCUGUCUACCCUUAUUCCUUGCAAAUGGAGCAGAGACUAAUACGGCCUUAAUUGGAACCUGGUUUCAGCAAACUUUUGACUGUCAUUUUAGUCCCUUAGCAAUCAACGCAUUUAAUCUUUCCUGGAUGGCGGCUAUGUGGACUGCAUGCAAAGUGGAUCAUUAUGUGGCUACUACUGAAUUUCUUUGGUCUGUACCCUGUAGCCCUCAAAGUCUGGAUAUUUCUUAUGCCAUACACCCAGAGGACGCAAAAGCCUUGUGGGACAGUGUCCACAAAGCAACUGGGGAAGUUACCCAGGAGGAAGUUGACUUGUUCAUGGACUGCCUUUGUUCACAUUUUUAUAGGCAUUUCAAAAUUCAUUUAUCAGCCACAAGAUUGGUUCGUGUUUCAACAUCUGUAGCUUCAGCACAUACUAAUGGGAAAAUAAAGAUUCUGUGUCAUAAAUACCUUAUUGGAGUGUUGGCAUAUUUGACAGAACUGGCAAUUUUUCAAAUUGAGUGAGGACUUGUGGGGACUACGUUAUGGAUUAUAUACCUUUUCCUCAUUGAUUAUUUGCUUAGUCGCUAUGCUGAGAAGGGACUACAGGAGAAAUGGGCACCCAUCUCUGCACCUGUUU